AGCCUGGCUCAAGCAGGCCGCCCCCCGUCGAAGCGGCAGAGCCCGCUCGCGCAGAGGCCGCCCCGAGGCAUGGCGGCGGGGCGCCCCCGAGGCGGCCGCGGCUGCUGCGCCAAGAGGACGGCCAGGCGCUCCGCCACCCUGGCGCUGGCCGCGGCGGCGGCCUGCGUGCCCUGGGCGCGACCCGCGCCCUCCGACGGCCCCGGCCAGGCCUUCGCCGCGCAGGCCUUCCGCGGCCAGGCGGCGGCGCCUGCGCCGCUGUGCGGCGCUGCGCGGGGCGGCGGCGCCGCCUGGCCCCCCUCGAAGACCGCCGCCUCCGCUGCGCUGGCGCAGCUGGUCGACCCGCGCCAGUGGGGGGCGGCGCCCGCCUCCUUCGUCGAGCGGCUGAGCGGCCGGGAGUGGCUGCGGAUGUACAGGACGCUGGGCAUCUCCGACGACGCCUCGCGGGAGCAGGUCCUCAAGGCCACCGCGCGCUUGCGCAAAAAGUAUGCCGAUGACGAGACGGCCCUCCAGCGAGUGGAGACGGCCAACCUGUGGAUCAUGACGAGGUUCGCAGACAUCAAGGAGGAGGACAUGCGGAAGCGCCAGCAGGCCAACCGGUUGCGCGAGUUCGGCAACUCGCCCAAGCGGCUCUUCCAGACGUACGUCCUGGGCUACCUGCCCCCGGGGGUCCGCCAGAUGUUCGAGGCGCCGACGGGGGCGCACGCGCGCAGGGUCAGCGUGCUCCUGGGCGGCUUCGCCCUGCUGGGCCUCUGCGUGCCAGCCUCCUCCAUGAACUUCGUGGGCCUGGCGGCGGCCUCCGCGCUGGGCUUCAUCUACACGCGCGCCCGGCCGGAGCCGGUGAAGGAUGAGUUCGGCAAUGCAGGCUCGGUCCAGAAGAUCAAUCCCAAAGAGAUGGUUGCCACCAUCGUGCUCGUUAUCCUCGGUGGCUUGCUAUCCGCGGGGGUGACGUUCCCCGUCUCUUUGAGCGCACCUGAAGUCUCGCCGGCGCUCAUCUUCUGUGAAACGGCCUGCGUGGUGUAUUGGAUGAUGAGCUUGUCCUUCAAGGUGUACCAGUGCUUCGACGAUUGACUGUUACUGCUUUUUUUAACGUGUGCGGCCCGUCAGUUUUGUUUCUCUCACGGGAGCCGCUGUUCCAGCGUGGCACCAGCAGCAGGGUCGCCAUUUCAGGGGGCCAGGGUGCUCAGGAGCAGUCGAGCGGACCUUCCCCAGCGAUGGCAGCAGCCAGACUCGUCCAAGUCUUGUCAACGUUUGGUGUUCGCGCACGGGGGGGGCCCGUUUGCUUGUUCGAGCCGCCCCCCCCGUCCUACGGGAUCCGAAAGGGUGGCCAACUUGCACAGACCUCCAACGUCGCGCUGGAUUCGCGACGUUGCCUCCUGAUUUUCUCGAACUCGCCCCUGGGACACCUUUUUGUGGCGGGCCUUGUUCUGCGGUCCCAGGGCCCCCCCUUCUCCCGAGGCCGAAGUCGCGAGAAACGUCCGCGCCGAUCUUCCCGCGACGCUUGAGGUCUGCGACGACGCCAGCAUUUCUCCAGGCGGUCUGACCUUGUUGUUCCUCUGCGUCCGGUGUGCCAGACGCCGACGGGUCGCCCCCUCCUUGCUGGGCCGACGGGUGCGGGGGGGUGCCUCGAUUGCAGCGAGGAUGUCUCACUCGUCUCCGCGCUCGCCCCUGUGUGCCUGUGGAGUGCCUCGUCAGAGCGCGCGGGCGCAGGAGGGGAAGCAGCAAGAAGG